AUGAACGUCGCCUUCAUUAUCCUGUCCCUCGUCUGUAGCUGCGUUUCUGCGUGGCAGAUGUCUAGUGAAAACUACCUUCCAGUGAUUCCUCCGAUUGUGGACAAAAUAUCAAUUCUCGCAGAUACGUUCAACUACGUGUAUAUGACGCCCUGGAAUCAUGGAGCAUGUUUUUUUAUUGGAUGCGCAACAUCUCAGUUUAUUAAUAAAUAUAAGGGCACCAAGAUAUCUAAGGUUAUGCAAACGCUGCUGUGGUUCAUCAGCCUCUUUUGCGGAGCGGCCUGCAUUCUCCUCCGGCACCACUGGAACCCUGGAACCAUCAAGACUGGCGCCACAGAGAACAUUGCCUUCGCUUUCUUUGAUCGUCUCAUGUGGGCCGCAUUCUUGGCAUGGCUAACGUUUGCCUGCGCAACCGGCAGAGGAGGUAAGGUAACAAUUUCGACCAUCCAGGUGUUCUUGACAGCGGAAUUAUAG